UGCUGUUGUUGCCCCCCAGGUUUCCUCGUUUCUGCUCGGGUUGCUUCGAGUUUUUCUGCCCCCCGGUUGCUUCACUUCAGUGAGCCAUGGCGACGGACGAGCCGCUUUUGCGGCAGCAGGUGGUCCGGGACCUCCACUGGGUCAUGGCGGCUCCACACCUCCUGCAGGAGGGCUCCUUUCUGCCCCUGUGGCCGGACGGGCGCAGUCAAGCACUGGCGGUGGCCAGCCGAAGUUGGCUGCUUGAGCUGGAUGCGGACCCGGCGCCGCUGCACGCAUGGCUGCUGGCGCAGGUGGACUUCCACCGGAUUGGGCACUACUUCGCGGCGCUGGUGGAGUUCUGGCUGCGGCAGUGCCCAGCUCUGUCGGCCCAGAAGGUGCUGGCGCGCCAGCACGUGCCGGGCAAGAUGUUCGCUCCCAAAGGGCCUCCGCGGGCGCAGGAAGAGGAGCGUGUCGAAAGGGAGGACGAGGCGCCGACUGCGGAGCCGCCUUGCAGAGAUCAGCUGAAGUUCCUGGCGUGCCUGGCAGAUGAGGUGAUCCACUUGGAGGCCGGCUUUCACUUCAGCCUGGCCAAAGGCCCUCGGGAGGUGGAUGUGGUUGCCUCGCGCUUCUCUGGAGGAUUCCUGCACGAGUCUUUGUGCUGGCGCAUCCUUGAAGCGAGAGUCCGGACCCGCGCCGCGAAAGACGAAGCGGUCAGCAAGCUGCUGGUGGACUGGCUGGGCUCUCAUCCCAGCUCGUACUUCCUCCUUCGGGGCUGCAUUUUCUACCCAGCGAGCCUCGUCCUCGCGGGCCGCGAGGAAGCCGCUCUGAGGCCGCCGGACCAGGAGCCCAGUCUGCUGAGCCAGCGGCAGCCGGUGGGGUGGUGGACUUGGGACGUGGCGGAGCUGUUGGCGGCGCCCGGAGCCGACAGCUCCCGCUGGGCGCCGCUGCUCUACAAGCGUUACUGGUUGUCCCCCGUCGUGUGCGUGGAGCAGCCGGACGGGAGGGUGUGCACGGAAGGCGACCCCAAGAUCAAGUUGAAGAGCAUCGAAGCCCUGCAAGGCGACGAGUUUGCGAAGGCGAUCUCCGAGAGUCGCCACCUCAAGGCCCGGAACCCGGUCCUUGUCUCCGAGCUCCAGCGCUCGCCGACUGGACGAUGGGAGGAGGUCUCCAAGGGCCUGGUGCUGCCAGCCAAGUGGAGCAUGGACUUCCCCCAAGACGACGGAGGCGACCUGAAGGCUGAAGCCUCCAUCACGCGGCUGCAAUGCUCCAUGGAGCAGGUGUUGCAGCGAGAGGGUCUAGACGCUUGGUGGCGCCAGGUGGAUAAGUUGGAAACCUUGGCCGUGGACACCGAGAAACGCUCCGCCCAGGCCCAGGACCAGCGGGCUGCAACUCUUUGGUGUCCUCCUGCGGCUGUGCGGGCGCUGGAGGGCGACCUGGCGCACGCCUUGACGGCGCGCUGGGCGCAGUGCGCCACGGAGGAGGAGCUCUGCGACGCCAAGGCGGCGCUGAUAAGCCGCCUCGCGGAUGCCCCGAGCCUCACAGAGGAGGUGAUCCUGGGGCUACUGGAGCUCAGGAAUGGCAGACAGCACCGUGGCCUGGGCCACGUGCUGCUGGACGGCGCCAAGCGCCUGGCCGCCCGGCGCCCGGAGCCCAAGGACCGGCCGCUCACGGAGCCCGCCCAGGUCGCCUGGCGUCAGCUCGUGGCCAGUGCUGGCGCCGGAGGCUUCUGCCCCAAGGUCUUGGCCAAGGCCUCCAAGCAGCUGGCCCUGGACAUGCCGGGCUGCAGAUCCCAAGCGCUGGAGGACCUGCUGGCGCGAUUUCGCUCCUUCGGCUUCCCGGAAGCUGCGGUGCCGUCCACCGAGCGCGAAGCCACCCUCACAGGCGCUGCGCAGCUCUGCGCGCUGCGGCUACAGCGGCUGAAGCGGAACCGGCGCCACCGGAACGGCCCCCCUGAGGAGCAGCUGGGCUGCUGCCUGGAGCACGGGUGUUUGCAGAAGACCCGCUGCUGCCUGGCGCGCUGCGGCUGCGAAGCCAGGUGCUGCUGCUCUUGCGCCUGUCGCUUGGAGCUGCGGGAGGAUGAGGUGCGGCCCUUGCUGUCGUGGUGCGGAAGGUUCGGAGAGCUGGCAGCCGCCAAGGCCCUGUGCCGCCCCGAACUUUGUGGCGACACCUCCGACAAGCUGGCAAGCCAGCUGCCGCAGCUGCUGGAGGACCACGGGGUAUCCCUGGGCCGGCGGCAGCGGAGGAAGCUGGAUGCAGAGGCGGACACGCCAAGCACCGCGGCUUCUUCGGCGCCAGCGCCGAAGCUGGCGCCGAAGGUUGCGCUGGAGCUGGCGGUGGAGCACUGCUGGGUGGACACUGCGGCGGCGCUGGAGGCGGCUACGGAGGAGAUCCUGCGUCGGGCAGCGCUGGAAGGAUAUGUGGUGGCGCUGGACGCGGAGUGGAAGCCCUUCGCAUCAGGGGAGGCGCCAACGCCCGUGGAACUCCUGCAGCUGGCGGUGCCUUCUGGUUGCUGGCUGCUGGACCUUCCCGCACUGAAAGCUGCUGGUCGCACGGCGGGGGAGCUCCUGCGGCAGAUUUGCCAGAGCUGCGUGCUGUUAGGCUUCGGGCUCGCGGGGGACCUCGCGCGCCUCAAAGAUGCGCCAGAGCCGGCCAAAAGUAUCGACCUGCAGGAAGAUAGCCGCAGCUGUCCAGCAGGCGGCCUGGGGGAGCUGGUGUCCUGCUCGCUGGGCAGAGCGCUGUGCAAGGACCAGCAGUGUUCCGACUGGUCUGCGCGGCCGCUGUCGCCGGAGCAGGUCCGCUAUGCGGCUCUAGAUGCCCAUGUCCUCCUCUCGCUGCUGGGCGUAGACCUGGGCGCUUCGCAGGAGGAGGCGUUGCACCCGGAGGUGCUGGCUGGGGUGCUGCACCGCGCCAGCGCGCGGAGCUGGCAGCGCGCCAAGCCUCGGCUGCUGCCCUUGGGCCCGGAGGCUGUGGAUGAGGCACUGCGCAAGCUGAAGCUUCCCAUUUGCGAGGUGACGCCGGACUCCACGGAAGCGAUCCAUUGUAAGACGCUGGCUCUGGUGGGCCUGGGCGAUGAGGAGGACAGAAGCCGCCGUGCAGUGGCGGUACUCAGCACCUCUUCGCAGCUGUCGCUGGUAAAGGCCUCCACGGCUCUUGGCUUCAAGGUACGCCUGGCGCGGCGACAGCUGCUGCCUGCGCUCUUCGGGUACGAGGUGGGCGGCAUGGGACCGUUUGGACUGCGCGCCACAUGCCCGCUGCUUCUGGACGAGACGCUGCGGGAGAGCCAGGAGCUGCUGGUGGGCGGCGGCAGCCCAGGUCGAGACCUUUUGGUGCCGCAGGCGGCCCUGCUGGAAGCGCUGGGUGGACGACACGUGCCUUUGGCGGAGGACCCAUCUCGCGGAGGGCGCGGAAAAGAGAAGAAGGAGAAGGAAGAAAAGAACUUUGCUGCGUGAGUGGCAGGUCUGUCAAGGCAUGGGGCGGUGUGGCACGCGCCAUGGCAGCCUUUGGGAGGUGAAGCUAUUGAUGCCGGAGGCUGAGGCCUUCCUGGUAGAAGAGUUUGCCAGCGGCCGCCUAACGCUCGAGCUGGCUGCUUGC